AUGGUUGUCUACUACCAGAUCGCCGGCAAGAAGGUCGGCUCUCACGUCCUUGCCAUGGCCACCCUCGGCAGCAUCUUCGCCGGUUCCUGGGCUGCCAUGAGCGGUGGCGAGAAGCCCAAGACCGCUCAGGGUCCCCCAAUCAACGCUUCUUCCAAGGAUGAGGAGAACUUCAUCCAGAACUUCAUGAAGGAGGUUGAUGGCGGUGAGAAGAAGCCCAACCAACAUUAG